GCUGCGAGUCUGGGGAGAGCAGAGUCGGUUGAGUCGCUGCGUUUGGUCAGUUGCACCUUCUGGGUCACUGGUAGCCGCGGGAGCCGGGUGGGGCCUAGGCGAUGAUCCGGCAUUAAGGAGCUGGGGUCAUCCUCCGUCUCAGGGGUGUCCGCGGUCAGGUCCUGGCCAGGUUAUCCAGCGAAUCUGGACUGCAUUGUCCUUCCUUUGGGAGCAGCUUGCUCUACCGCUAGCAUCUGUGAAGCUUUAAGGGACAGGAGCUUGGACUCAUUCGGUGGUUUGGGGAAAGUCUAGGGGCAACCAAAGAUCAUCUGCUUGACUAGGCCCUUUGCCCUGAACCUCAUGAAGAAAUGAUAGGAGGCAGAUAUAUGUGCCUAAAAAGAGCGUUGAGCUCAGAGAAGAGCAACUCGGAGCUUUGGGGGUGUGCUUUGAGUUCCAUCAGAUGCAGGAGUUUGAACCUCUUUUAUUGCUUACAGUAACUUAACUUUAUAGCUGAAGACUUUGUGUGUGUGCUAGUGAAACUCAUGCCGGAACGUGUGAUUCUGUCUUAGUAAAAGUAUGUAAUCCUAGUGGGGAUUUGUGUACAUCAAUGGCAGAAUCAUCCAGCGAAUCAGAUCACUUUCGCUAUCGUGAUCGAUUGAGUCCAUGGGCUGCCAGAUCAACUCACAGGGGAACUCGAAGUCUUCCUACAGUAGAAGUUACCGAGAAGGUCAACACUAUAACAAGUACUUUACAGGAUACCAGUCGGAACCUGCGACAAGUGGACCAGAUGCUUGGACGAUACCGAGAAUACAGUAAUGGACAGGCGGGUGCGAUAGAACAUUUAAAAGAAAGCUUGGAACAAUCAAUUGACCAACUCCGGAGUCAACGUUUAUUGAGAAACUCAGGAGGGAGAAGUAUUUCUGUUACAAGUUUGAGUGCAAGUGACCUUGAUGGUGGCACUGGGCCAGAGAGCCAUCGUUUUCCACCUACCUCACCUCUCAAGGACUAUGGGGAUCCACUGGGUAUUAAACGAAAUACCAGAUCAAGAACUGGUGUCCGCUUUGUUCAAGAGACUGAUGAUACGACUCAGCUUCAUGCUUUUCAUCAGUCUCUUCGAGACCUCAGCAGUGAACAAAUUCGCCUUGGAGAUGAUUUCAACAGGGAGCUUUCCAGAAGGAGCCGGUCGGAUGCCGAAACAAAAAGGACUUUGGAAGAAUUGACUGAAAAACUUAAUGAAGCCCAGAAACAAGAAGUGGUUUCAGAUCGGGUGGAGCGGCGGCUUCAGGAACUAGAGAGAGAGAUGCGCACAGAAAGGGAGCUGGUGGAAAGACGCCAGGAUCAACUGGGACUCAUGUCCCUGCAGCUACAGGAGGCACUAAAGAAACAAGAAGCUAAAGCAGAUGAGCAUGAGGGGGCAAUAAAAAAUAAGCUAAUACAAACUGAAACCGAGAAGAAUCAACUUGAACAGGAAUUGGAGCUAUCUCGAAAGUUAUUGAAUCAAUCUGAAGGCAGCCGAGAAACACUUUUGCAUCAGGUAGAAGAACUGCGUGCACAACUUACGAAAGCAGAGGAUGAUCGAAAGGGUUUACAGCAUCAAGUGUCUCAGAUUUCCAAGCAACAGUCAAACUAUCAGGAUGAACAAGGGGAGGACUGGAGGUUUAGGAGAGGGGUUGAGCGGGAAAAACAGGACCUGGAGAAGCAAAUGUCAGAUUUGAGAGUGCAGCUGAACUUCAGUGCAAUGGCAUCUGAGUUAGAGGAAGUGAAACGGUGCAUGGAAAGAAAAGACAAGGAGAAAGCACAUUUGGCAUCACAAGUAGAGAAUUUAACACGUGAACUGGAGAAUGGGGAAAAACAGCAACUCCAGAUGUUGGAUCGACUUAAGGAGAUCCAGAAUCACUUUGACACAUGUGAGGCCGAGCGUAAGCAUGCUGACCUUCAGAUCUCAGAGCUGACUCGCCAUGCGGAGGAUGCAACCAAGCAGGCUGAGCAGUACCUCAGUGAGCUCCAGCAGUCAGAGGCCCUGAAAGAGGAGGCGGAGAAGAGGAGGGAAGACCUGAAACUGAAAGCUCAAGAAUCCAUUAGGCAGUGGAAGCUUAAACAUAAGAAGUUAGAGCGAGCGUUGGAGAAACAAUCUGAAACAGUUGAUGAACUGACAGGCAAGAAUAAUCAGAUUUUAAAAGAAAAGGAUGAAUUGAAAACCCAGAUGUAUGCAGCAUUACAACAAAUAGAGAAUCUUCGAAAGGAAUUGAAUGAUGUCCUAACAAAGCGUGCCCUUCAGGAGGAGGAGCUUCACUCCAAGGAGGAGAAACUACGUAAUAUUAAGUCUCAUCAAGCUGACCUUGAAUUGGAAGUCAAGAAUUCCCUGGAUACCAUCCAUAGACUGGAAAGUGAAUUGAAAAAGCAGAGUAAGAUCCAAAGCCAAAUGAAAGUUGAGAAAGCUCACUUGGAGGAAGAAAUUGCAGAGCUCAAGAAGAGCCAGGCCCAGGACAAAGCUAAACUUCUUGAGAUGCAAGAGUCCAUCAAGGACCUGAGUGCCAUCCGAGCAGAUCUUGCUAAUAAAUUGGCCGAGGAAGAGAGAGCCAAGAAAGCAGUGCUUAAGGACCUUUCUGACCUCACUGCACAGGCAAAAUCCAGGGAUGAAGAAACAGCUACAAUCAUCACACAGUUAAAGCUGGAACGAGAUGUGCACCAGAGGGAGCUGAAAGAUCUCACAUCAUCAUUGCAGAGUGUGAAAACAAAACAUGAACAGAAUAUCCAGGAGCUUAUGAAGCACUUUAAGAAAGAAAAGAGUGAGGCUGAGAAUCAUAUCAGGACACUGAAGGCUGAAAGUUUAGAAGAGAAGAAUAUGGCUAAAGUUCAUCGUGGUCAGCUGGAUAAGUUGAAAUCACAGUGUGACAGACUGACAGAGGAAUUAACCCAGAAUGAAAAUGAGAACAGAAAACUGAAGCUAAAAUAUCAAUGUUUGAAGGAUCAACUAGAAGAAAGGGAAAAACAUAUAAGCAUUGAAGAAGAGCACUUAAGGAGGACCGAAGAGGCCAGAUUGCAGCUCAAGGAUCAACUUCUUUGCUUGGAGACUGAACAGGAAUCCAUUCUUGGUGUGAUAGGAAAGGAAAUUGAUGCAGCUUGUAAAACAUUCUCCAAGGACUCAAUGGAGAAAUUAAAAGUUUUUUCAUCUGGUCCUGAUAUACAUUAUGACCCACAUCGCUGGUUAGCAGAAAGCAAGACUAAACUUCAGUGGCUCUGUGAGGAACUGAAAGAGAGAGAAAACAGAGAGAAAAAUCUGCGACACCAGCUGAUGCUCUGCAGACAACAACUCAGGAAUCUGACUGAAAACAAGGAAUCUGAGCUGCAGUGUCUCUUCCAACAGAUAGAAAGGCAGGAGCAGCUUCUGGAUGAAAUACAUCGUGAGAAGAGAGAUCUACUGGAAGAGACCCAAAGAAAAGAUGAAGAAAUGGGAUCUCUGCAGCCGAAGCUACUGUUUAAACUUCCACCUUGGGAAGAUGCUAGUCAGACUGCAGUGAGAAAUCAGAGUGACGCUCAAUUGGAAGAAAAAGCAGACCGUGUAAUUGCAUUAGAAACGAGUACCCGAGUGGCCUUGGACCAUCUGGAGUCUGUGCCUGAGAAACUGAGCCUACUAGAAGAUUUCAAAGACUUCAGAGAUUCCUGUAGUUCAUCUGAGAGAACUGAUGGAAGAUAUUCUAAAUACAGAAUUCGCAGAAAUUCUCUUCAGCAUCACCAGGAGGACAUCAAGUACAGAACCAAAAGUUUCAAAGGUGACAGAACCUUUCCAGAAGGUUCCCACACUCAUGGGUUAGAUCACUCAUCAUCUUGGCAGGAUCACAGUCGCUUCCUGUCUAGUCCAAGAUUUUCAUACAUGAACUCAUUUACCAAAAGAACUGUUGCUCCAGAUUCAGCUUCAAACAAGGAAGAUGCCACAAUGAAUGGAACAAGUUCACAAUCCAAAAAAGAGGAAUAUGAGAGCUAAAAAAGCAAAUGUAAUUUGUUAUUUUACAUGAGUGUUUCACAAAUAAUAACAUCUCUAUUCUUACAGCAAUUUGGCCCAGAUUAUCUAACAGACAUACCUGCAACUUUGGCUCUUUGGUAUUGCCAAACAUCGACAAAAGUCACAACACUGUUGGUCCUUGUAAAUGGUAAACCAGUCCAAAUAAUAUCAGCUCAUGAAUGAUGUGCAGCUAAUUUAUUUGCAACUUAUACUAGCACAGAAAGAAUGAUUUUUUUUUCACUUUGUAUUUUCCUUUUUCAAGUGUGGUCAGUCACAUUUUCCUAACUAAAAUUUGGAUUUCUAAUUGAGGCCUUUCAAAAAUUACUGGCUAAAAAGAAGGAAAAUGAGUUACCCUUGAGGCAAAAGUUGCCAGCACUUUAGAUUCAGGGAGCAUUUAUAUACAACUGAUUUUUUGAAAAAUGCUUUCUCCCUAAUAAAUUAUCAUGUGUUAUAACAUGUCAUGGAGAUGUGCAUAUAUAACAUUAGACAGGCCACUUUAUAAAUGCUCAGGACUUUUAUAUCCAUCAUCUCAGCAGUCCGCAACUACAUACAGUAGCUGAAAAUUAUUUCCAAUCAUCCAUUUUUAAUAGCAAUAAAGAAUUUAUAAAUGAUAUCUGAACUGUUGAGCACUGUAAAGAAUUCAUAGCACAAUUUAUUUAUUUGUCUUUUUGUGGCCAAAUACCCUACUGUGAUCACUUCAGUCAUAUCCUGGACCGUCUUUGGUUUACUGUGACUAAAAUCAUAGCACCAAACUCUUUUGUCCAUGAGAUAUGUAUAUAAUCUUGUAUAAUUUGGUACUAUCUGCUUCUACCAUCCCAACUUUUUUCAUCAAAGUGUUUAAGAACAUAUUCCCUUUACGUGCUGAUCUCCUAGUGGAGAAAGAUUUAUAGUAAAUGCUAAGUAAUAGUAAACUUUCAGGAACUGAAUCCUACUGGGUCAUGGAUUCUGCACAGACAAGGACAAUAAAGCAAUACCUUUGUAAUAUGCAUUACAUUUUGUGUUCGUUAAAGUACACUUGCUCGUUAGAGUUCUCACAUUUCAUAAAGAUGCUUCCGCUCAAGAUAUGUUGUCCUAACUUACUGUAUUGAUGGUACUGAAGAAAAAAAUGGCAGCCUCUUUCCAUGAAAUUGAAUGCAACUCUUCCUAUAGAACAUGAAGAUAUCUCAUAUCCAAAAAUUGCAUAACACAAGCUGUGUAACCUGAGAGUAUAGCUAUGCAUUUUUAUCAUUUAUGCAUUUUAAAAAUCUUUUGAGUUCUUACUAUAUACCAGUCAUUGUGCUAGGAGGAAAAAAUGAGAUACAAAAACAGGUAUGCACAUCGCAAAGUUUGUUUGGCAUUAGGAAUUACAUGAAAACAAGAGUGAUUUGUUCAGGCUAGCUGGAGAAAUUUGGGGUUUGACAACAUUAAACAGAUUUGGUUUUCUUUUAUCUAACUUCAGGAAUUCUCAGAGCAAUGUAAUGUACUAAUGAGCAUUACGAGGAUUUAUUAGGAGUAUUCCAUGUAGUGUGACUCACAGUCCUGGUGAUCCAUAUAAACUGUAUCACUGUAUGGUAAUAUUUAAAGUAUUGAGAAUUUAUUUCCAUUGAUGGUUUGACCAACAUCAAAAUAUUUUAUCUCCCUGGUCCUAAAUAACCAGCAGAGAAGAAUAUACGAGGGAAAAUCAACAGGUUUUAUUUAAAUCCUAUGGAUAAAUGUUAGUUAAAUAACUUUUUCUUUUAUGUAUUAGUAGGGCCUUCAUGCAGUCCAUUCUCUUCAAUAAGAACUGAUUUAAACCAUUAUUAGUGCAUCUGUGUUCACUUGAAAAAAAUUGCACCAAACUAAUUAGACCUGAAAAUGUGAAGUAACUCAAAUUAUUUACUUGAGAAAUCCUUGAAAACAUAGUAGCCAGUGAUUUUAUAACAGAAUGGAGAGGAAUCUUAUGAAAUAACUUUUUCAAUCUAAAAAAAAAAAAAAGCCAUUAUAUCAUGUUAUUGAAUGCCCUGUGCUACUGUUGGAUGAAUGAAGGUGUCUGACUUAAAUGUGGAACACACAAGAACUUCAAAGGCAAAGUCAACUUUUUGUGAACAAUAAUUUUGUCAAAAUUCCUUGGCCUCCUGUUUAUAUAGAAUUGAAUCCAGGGACCUGUCUCCUCUGAGGAUUUUUCCUAUCUCUUGCAGUUACCCUACCCUUGAGUUGGAAAUCAAAAAGAAUGCUAAGGAAACAUUAAUAGCUUGAUUUGUGCAUCUUAAAGCCAACAACUUCUUUCCUUUACUCACCCUUUUGGCAGGAUAGCCUCCAUUACAUGUGGUAUCGACCCUGUUUGAAUGGUAGCUGGUCCACCAUAUUGCUUGUAACACAGGGACACUGGGAAGUAUAAACCUUAUUCUGCAGUAAGCCUGGUCCAAUACUUAAUUUGAAGGUUGACCUUUUUGGUUUAAUAAUUUGAUUCUUCUGGCCAUCUUUCUCCCUAAACACACUAAACUUCCAUUGAAGUUGCUGAAGGCUACAGGGGGAGAAACACAGCUGGGAGAAAUCUGGCUUGAUGUUUUUCCCAUUGGCUAAGGUCAUAUUAUUUCUUUGACUAGUGUCUGACUGGAAGGUUGAAAACCAGUUGGUUAUAUAACAUUUUAUGCACCCAGUUUCUCAGAACCACUAACUUUUCUUAUUGUUAUAGUUUACCUACCUAUUUUUACUAAUAAAGAGCUAAAAUCUAUAACUUAAUAAAAUAGUACGCAUACAGCAUUUAAAGUUUACAUGUAUAAAAAAUGCCUACCUACUUAAGAAAAUGAACCUACUUUUCUUCAUUUUUCUCCUUUCAAGUAUGGUAAGUACAUUUUUCAUUUUGAGUCUCAGUUCAGUGAUAUGCAAAGUACAUUUAGAGCCAUUUAGUAGUUGUUACAUUUUCUCUAAUCUGUAUUGAAUUUUGUAGUUAGAUAACACGUCAUGUUUAAAAUAGGACCAAUUUCUAACAUAUAAGGAGAUGGCACAUUUACUUAGCAAACUCUUUUUUUUUUAGGAAGGAAUAAAUGCCUCAAAUUGUUUUACUCAGGAUUUGUUCUUAUUAUAAAUGCAACUACACAUCCUAUGGUAGCCAAGAGUGUGAAUGAUCUUUGAGUAAUUUUCCAAGAGUCUUACACCCCCUCCCCAGACAGACUGUUCCAGUGUUUUCUCUCAAUUUAAAACAAAACAGAAAAUUUGUGAUUUUUCAUGGCCUUCAAAUGAGGAAGCUGUUCUCACGAAAGCAUCUGGUUUUCUUGGAUCAAAACUAAAUUAUGAACCUUAGCUGGAAAGGAAAUUUGGGAAAGUUUGUAUAUAAAGGCAUUUCAUGCACCAAAGUAUGAUAUGAAAAUAGUUCCAUCUUUCAACGUUUAAGUUCUCAAAUGUUUAGCAAUAGAAACAUAUCAACUUAUCCCUAUUUGACAAAAGAAAUUUAAACCACGAAAGAUUCCAUUUAGUUUCAUUUCCUUACAAAACACGACACAUCUAAUUUAAGGCUGGAAGAAAUGCUUACAUGGAAAAGCAGAACUUUAGAUUCCAAGCCCCCAGAUAAAUUUCAGAAAAUUCACCCUAGCUUUUGAUUAGUAACAAAGUAAACCAAUCUGCUCUUUGGCGAAACCAGCCUCACCUUCUAGUUCUAACCUCAUCUGGCCCUCAUCUGCCCCUAUUGGCUUCUCCUGCUGUAUCUAUGCCUAUGGCCAUAUCCUACCUAAAUUCAAGCCCAGCACAAGUCACCCUUAGUGUUCUACCAGGAUAGCCCCUACUGUGGACCUCUGAAGUCUAGUAACUGUUUGACCCACACUAUAAGAGCCGACUCUAGGGUUUGUAGCCCCUGCAUUUCUUUUCAGAAGUAGCAAAUUAGGAAAUGAUUCCUAUUGCAUAUGUCUUUGGCCAUUCUUAUGACUAAAACCCUAGGGAUACUUCUGUGGUUGGGCAUCUUUUCUUCUCUAACAUAGCUGGAUUCUGACGUGGGUGCAAAGCCCUGUGAUAAUUGUGGAUGUGAAGUUGCUGUCUACAGGAAUAUACUGGAUUUCUAAACUGCAUGUUAGCUACAUGUUAGCUCCCUUUCAGGAAGAUGUUUGAAACAAUAUAUCAUCUGAUGGCCUCCAUCUUUUAUAAUGUAGAACCUAAUGUCUCUGAGCAUAUAAAUGAGAAUGUUGGGAGGUGGGAAAUGCUACUAUAGUCCAAACAGAGCCUUGCAAUAUUUAUCACCUGUACUUACAACAUAACUUGCUAUGUUUCCGGAAACUGAAGUUACACAGUUGCCAGUUGCCAUUCUCUGGACGAAUGCUCUCUUUUUCUCAAACAGACAGAUGCUAGGCUGUCCUCCGCAGUCUGUCUUCUGUUGCCCCAUAUGACCCCACAACUUGUCGCCCUCUCAUUUUUAAUUACUUUUAGUGAAGCAGUUUGACUGGUAUUAUUUAAAUAAAAUUAAAGUUACGAUUUAUCCUUACAUAUUGGAACUCUGUGUCAUCUUAGCUGUAUACUUCAUUGGAAAUAAAGAUCAGAAUACUGGCUUGAGGCAA